CUUUAGCUGGACUUUGAGAGUGGCCGGCGCUAUCAGAUUUACGGAAUGUUCCGUGUUCUGUAUUUUUAAGUCGCCUCUUAAAAGCGGCAGUGUCGCCUCUCAACUCUAGCUCUCUCAACGUCUUCUUUCGCACCUUCAUUCUAACUUGUUUGCUCUUCUCUACUUCCUAACCCCCCGCCUCACUAUUGUGAGAGCACACAGUCCACGUCCAUCAGCCUGGAUCGUGGGUGGUUUUUCCCCCUUCUCCCUUGUUAGACAGGUUUGAACGAGCGCGCGUGCACGCACACACCCAUCCAUCCUGUUCAGGUGGUGCCGGAAAGCUCUAGAAAGAAGAUUAUAAAUGCCAGAGCCAUUUAACUGGUGGUUAACUGUUGCAUUCUGGCACUUCUUUAAAUACCUUCUUGCACCAACCUCUUCACUGGGAAGAUUUCAGGAAAAGUAGCCGAGGGAAAGAGAGGCAACAUUCACAUGUACCAUGGCUAUACCAAUAACGGUGCUUGACUGUGAUCUCUUACUAUAUGGACGAGGUCACCGGACAUUGGACCGUUUUAAGCUUGAUGAUGUCACUGAUGACUACUUGAUGUCCAUGUAUGGUUUUCCUCGACAGUUCAUUUAUUGCUUGGUGGAGCUCUUGGGAGCCAGUCUUUCUAGACCUACUCAGAGAUCCAGGGCUAUUAGCCCAGAGACACAGAUCCUUGCAGCACUGGGCUUCUAUACUUCAGGUUCCUUCCAGACCCGGAUGGGAGAUGCUAUUGGAAUCAGUCAGGCAUCAAUGAGUCGAUGUGUUGCCAAUGUCACUGAAGCACUUGUGGAAAGAGCCUCACAGUUCAUUCGCUUUCCAGCUGAUGAGGCAUCCAUUCAGGCUCUGAAGGAUGAGUUCUAUGGGUUGGCUGGGAUGCCAGGAGUAAUAGGAGUGGUUGACUGUAUGCAUGUGGCAAUCAAGGCACCAAAUGCUGAAGACCUCUCCUACGUGAACCGUAAAGGUCUGCAUUCUUUAAACUGCCUGAUGGUGUGCGACAUCAGAGGGGCACUCAUGGCUGUGGAGACCAACUGGCCAGGCAGCCUGCAGGACUACGCGGUGCUGCAGCAGUCUUCCCUUAGUAGGCAGUUUGAAGCUGGGAUGCACAAAGACAGCUGGCUGCUUGGUGACAGUUCCUUCUCUCUCCAUACCUGGCUCAUGACCCCUCUUCACAUUCAUGAAACGCCAGCCGAAUAUCGCUAUAAUAUGGCCCACUCUGCAACUCACAGUGUGAUUGAGAAGACUUUCCGAACACUCUGCUCCCGGUUCCGCUGCCUGGAUGGGUCCAAGGGGGCACUGCAGUACUCACCGGAGAAGUCCAGCCACAUCAUCUCGGCUUGUUGUGUCCUCCACAACAUCUCCCUGGAGCAUGGGAUGGAUGUUUGGUCCUCUCCAACGACAGGACCCAUGGAACAGCCCCCUGAGGAAGGGUAUGAGCACAUGGAGUCCCUGGACCUGGAGGCCGACCGGAUCCGCCAGGAGCUGGUGCUCACUCACUUUAGCUAAUGUGAAAGGUGGGGAGGAGGAGGAAAGCUUUCCAGAAGGACCUGUGACAGACUUCCUCCCUCACCAACCCCUAUACAGUUCCAUCGUCUAGAGUAACCGAGUGUGGACACUCGUCCCAAAUUGACAUUUAAUCUGCGUGUUUUUAGAAGAAUGGGGGCUAUGUCAGAAUAUCUUGAUUCAUUUGCAAUUUUAUUAACUAAACCAAAAGCAGGACAACAGUUCCCUACUAUGCAUUGGACUCCAGGUUGAUCCUCAGUCAUUUGAAAGGUCACUGUCCGCAGACAUUUAUGAUCGUGCCUACAACACCAAACAAAAAGGAAGUGGCAUCUAGCCAGAACACUUUAUUUUUAUUUCAGUUAUCUGGAGAUUUCAAAUGAAAACAGUAUUUACUUGUCCUGAAUUAUUCAGAUGGUAUUUUAGCUUUUCCACUUUGCUGCCAACAUAGGCAUAAUCUGAGGCCAGUGUAAAAAGUAACUUUAGGUUGGAGGACGGUCUUCUGACACUGGCAAAUGGCUACUAAGCUGAGUUUGCAGCUUUGUGUUUUUGAGAAGAUGUUAGAUACAGUGUGAAACUCGAAACCUUUGUCUUUAGUCUUUCUGCAUUAAUUAGACUGUGACUUGGACCUAGUUCCCAGGGAGAACAUCUGGACUCCAAUCUCUUAUUUCCAGCCCUGAGUGGGAGUUAGAGGCUAAAUAGGUUAAGAACUCAAUCAGCUUAAGGAAGAAAAGUCAAACACAGGUAACAUAACAGGCUUACACUUUACAGGGGAUCUAAAGACCCUGAUAAAUUGAUGGACAGAGGAGAGUCACCCAGGUUUUAACAGCUCAUGUCAUAGAUCACAUUUCUUAUGAUUGUGAUGUUAGCAUGUCUGUUUGGCCUUUCAGCUUUGAAAUUCCUUGUACUGAAGGAAGAUUUAGGGAAUAAAGAAGGCAUAUGAAAGUAUUAAGAAGGAGAGGUAAAAAGAACAUAAUUUCACUUGAAAUUAAUUUUGAAGUUAGACCUACUUGAAUAUCUUGUAUGCAAAGUAACGGACAGAAUUUCCCAGGAAAUAAAUAAUCCCCCACCACAUCUUAUUCUAGAAUUAUACUGAUACAAAAAUAACCUGAUUGGAAUAAUGAAAGUGUAAAUUAGGUUCACACAUUGGUGCCUUUGCUAGGCCAAAAAAAGAGACUUUCCUGAGGAUUGUCUUGUUCCCAAUUUUUCAUCCACUCCCCAUGUGAUACCUCUGAGUUGUUCCUCUUGGAUCACUUCCUACCUGCCUUCUGCAGUGUUAAUCUGGUAACGUUCAAAGGAAAGAAAUGAGCAGCAGAUGACAGAGAAACUUGGAAAUAAAUUGAGGGUGACUCAUCCACAAGAUUAAAAACAAUUAUGGAUUAUUAUCUGCCGUUUAAUUCUACUCCAAAUGCUAUUUUUCCAUCAUCAUCCUGCAGUAUAAAGAGUAGGUCCAUUUGGCAGGAGGCUGAGCUUGCAAUGUACAAUGAAGUCAUUGAGAUGGGAGUGAACAACAAAGAGGUGACUGUAAACUUCAGCUCUGCCUAUUGUGCAAUAGAGGUGCCCUGUUACAUUUUUUCCUUUGUAAAGUUUAACUUGUAAUCCAAGCUUGCUUUGUCUCCUGCAUAAGGUAAUAUUUUAACCCUCACAGUCUUUCCAAGUUUCCUGAGGUGGAUGUUUUACCCUAUAAAGUUCUGGUUCUGCCUAUUGCCUGAGGAAAGGGUUACAGCCACCCAUACAUCUAAGUGGCGAGGUGGAGAGUCAUCUUGGAAAGUGCCUAGCAUUUUAGCCCUAAAAAACUACAUUAAAGGAAAAUUGGGGCUUUCACAACUCAGUCGAUGGUGACAUGAAGUCUGAGUUGGAAAGACGGUCUUGGAGAGGUUUUAAAUGCAAUUUCAAGUCUUACUUACAUACCAAAGAUAAUUUCUGAGUGCUGAACUGACUGAACAUUGGCUGGCAGUGUUUUUCCCUGGGAGCAUUUUAUUAAUAUUUCCUAAUAAUUCUACAGAGUAACUGUAUAAAUAUAUUCUUUUAAUCU